GAGGUACCCAUAAAAACUGCGCUCGGUAUCUGAAUUGCUCCUAUUAGAGCCAACUUACCUCAAGUCCUUGAUCAAUCUCACCAUGGCCACUGUCCCGUCUGCAAGUCAGUGGGGAUUCCCUACUGCAAGCAAGAGAGCACUCCUCAUACAUGGCUUAAAUUCGUCUUCGCACACGUUCCACCGUGUUGCAUCGGCUCUGGCGGCCAAAGGAUACUUGGUCGUUGCUCCAAACCUUCUUGGACAUGCUCUCAGGAAGCCUGGAGCUGAUUUUCUAGUCCAGACAUUGGCAGACGACCUCUUGCCCUACCUUCAGGCUGCUGAGUAUGAUAUCGUCAUUGGCCACUCAAUGGGCGCGCUCGCGGUAUUAUCGCUUCUCAAGUACCUGCCAAAAACUAGGCCUACUUCGGUGGUUCUCAUCGAUCCAUCUGUGGAGGUGACCGCAGAGCAGAUGGUGGAUCGGAGGGUUAACUUUGCUAGCGAUGUCAUAAAUAACCCCACCGCAGAAGAUUAUAUGGCAUUGAAUCCUCUAUGGACGAGAGACGAUGCCGUUUGGAAAGUGUUGGGGACCCAUAUUGGCAGAGACACCAACUCUGAUGAUCACAUCGACGGCAAUGUGCCAUGGUCAUUUUCGCAUUUGUUCGCCGACAGGCCUGCUGCUGCCGCAUUGACGGUUCUGAUCGCAGAUCCGCGAUUUUGUGGUGCUUUGAAGCUGGAGGCUGUUGCGAAAUUCAAGGACAUUAGAACAGUGAUUGUUCCGAAUGCCUCGCACUGGAUACAGUAUGAAUUCCCGGAAGUGAUUGUUGAAGAGGCACUAAGGAAUAUCAAAGAGUAAGAUGAUGGGCAGUAAAGACUUGCAUGAUCCCAAUACG